AUGAAAUCUCUCGUCCUUGUUUCUGUGCCAGUAUUUAACUUCUUAACUUCCAUUUCUCCACAAGAUUUGUGCAACUUGACGAGAUUGCAGGUACACAACAGCUUGGCAUACGCCUCUGACGGACGAGAAGACGGCACCCGAGAACUAGAUUUACUCGUGAGGAAGCACAUCAGAGCCUUGGAAGUCUUGGACAUUACUUGCCACACCGGCCGAUUCCAUAUCGACUCUAUACUGCAGCAUGGUGGUUCUCUUCGACAACUCCAUUUUCGCGACCACGUCGGAUUCAGUCACGAUGAUGGUCAAUGCCCGACGUUGCGGGCAGAGGAUGUCGCAAGGCUGGGGCAAGGCCUGCCGUUCGUCCACACACUCGAGUUGGACAUGGACGCCGCGCUGUGUUAUCCUCCGGAAUUUCUGCGUGGCAUAGCCUCCUUCCCGAUGCUCCAGACUCUGAUCCUUCACGUACAGACCCUUCUGCGUGCAACCGAGAAGGACGACCCGGCUCGGGACCGCGAUUACGAAUCAGCCAUGCAGACAUUUUCCUGCCUUGUACGACUGCGGGAGAAGAGCAACCCUGACUUGGCGUGGAGGAGCAUCACCAUCAAUGUAGGCGGAUGGCGGCGGGUCAUGUUGCGAAGAGUGGGCUCAGAGUGGAAGAGGAAGAAUGCACGGGGCAUUUUUGCAGAGAGAUGCUUUGUGCUCGAGAAGGAUGAGACCGGACGGUACAAGGUUGCAGAGGAAGAAUGCCACGACGGGUCGCAAUACACUUCGACGUCGCAGCUCUGA